AUGUUCCCGUUGAUGAAGUUACACCAGAGCAAAAUCGCACUCUACCAUCCGCUUCUAAGCCGAUUGCAUCGCCCCGUGCUUCGGCUCGUGGGGGUCGUAAACGAGGAAACAUCAACCGUCAACAUAAUGCUGGGCCUCGGCAGAAACGGUCUGUUUCCCGCAAUGAACCACCAGGGCCAUCCCUCACUGCAUCGUAUGGUCAGCAGUGGCAACCUGACGCUGUUUGCUACCCCUCAACACCAAGAACAAACAGGAUCCUACGGAAAACGAAAAUUCAAGAGUGUAUAA